AUGAGCUCGGCCAAGACCGGCGGGCUCAAAGGACCCAGUAAAAUAGCCAGGGCACCGGGAACCGCCGCACCCAAGACCAGCGCCGGCACAGGAAGUAAAGCAACUGCGACAGACAAAUCGGCUGCUGGCGUGGAACCCGACCACGAUGCCGGCGACGGCUUCCAGAUGGGCGAACGCGUCUGGGUGAACGGGACCAAACCGGGCUUCGUCCACUUUUUGGGAGAAACCCAGUUCGCCCCUGGACAGUGGGCGGGCAUCGUUCUGGACGAGCCCAUCGGGAAAAACGACGGCUCGGUGGCCGGCGUGCGCUACUUCCAGUGUGAGGCCAUGCGAGGGAUUUUUACCCGACCGUCUAAGCUGUCGCGCGGCGAGGGCGACACGACGGCGCCGCCCUCCCGCGCCGCCUCCCCGUCGGUCGCGCCCGCCGGCGAGCCCCCGCCGGCCAAAAAGACUUCGGCUUCCGAGUCGCCGGCAACGCCGGUCACCCGCUCUUCCGAUUUGGCGCGCUCCAACAGCAGAUCCGUUUCCAACCUGUCGGAGAGCGGCUCGCUCAAGAAAGGAGAACGCGAGCUGAAGAUCGGGGACCGCGUCUUGGUGAGCGGAACCAAGGCAGGAGUGGUUCGCUUUAUUGGAGACACGGAUUUUGCCAAAGGCGAGUGGUGCGGCGUGGAACUGGACGAACCUUUGGGGAAGAAUGACGGCGCCGUGGCUGGCACCAGGUACUUCCAGUGCCAGGUCGGGUACGGCUUGUUCACGCCGGCGCACAAGGUCACCCGUAUCGGCUUCCCGUGCACCACCCCGGCAAAAGCCAAGGUAGCGACUCGCAAGGCGGCCACGCCGGGCGGCCUGAAGCGCAGCCCCAGCGCCUCCUCCAUCAGUACCAUGAGCUCCGUGGCCUCCUCUGUCGCCGCCAAGCCGAGCCGCACGGGCCUGCUGACGGAGACAUCGUCACGGUACAACCGCAAGAUCUCGGGCACCACCGCCUUACAGGAGGCUCUGAAGGAGAAGCAGCAGCACAUCGAGCAGCUCAUGGUGGAGAGGGAUAUGGAGAAGGCCGAGGUGGCCAAAGCCACGAGCCACGCCGGAGAGAUGGAGCAGGAAAUCACUCUGCUCAGAGAUGAUCAGGAACAGAUGGAGGCCAAGAUGGAUCAAUUACGUGCUUUGGUGGAGGCGGCCGAUAAAGACAAAGUGGAGCUGCUCAAUCAACUGGAGGAGGAGCGAAGGAAAGUCGAGGACCUUCAGUUCCGUGUCGAAGAAGCGUGCAUCACCAAAGGGGACCUGGAGACGCAGACCAGGUUGGAGCAUGUCCGCAUUCAGGAGCUUGAACAGAACCUGCACUUUGAAAAGACCAAAGCUGAGAAGCUCCAAAGAGACUUAGAAGACACUAGGGUCGCCACCGUGUCGGAACGAUCCCGUAUCAUGGAGCUGGAGCGGGACCUCUCGCUUCGCACCCGGGAGGCGGCCGACUUGCAGCUCCGUCUCCGAUCCUCGGACGACCCCGACGGCGUCUCUCCGCUCCUGGAGGAGAUGGCCGCUCUGAGGGACCGACUGGCUUCGCUGGAAACGGAGCGGCGAGAGGAGGUGGCCGAGCUUCGGGAGAAGAUGGAGUCCCGGGAGAAGGCGUGCGCCCAGCUCCGGGCCUCCGAGGUCAGGCUGUCCGGCGACAACGAGCAGCUGCGCAUGCGCCUGUGCCGGGCGGACGAGGACAAGGCGGAAAUCCUGGAGAGGAUCAAGAGAGAGUACGAGACUGCGGCGGAAGAAGCCGCCGUCGCGCACGCUCGGGAGACGGCCGGCCUGAGAGAGCGGCUGGCCACCCUCGCGGAAGACAAGGAACGCCUGGACGACGCGCUGCGCUCGGGCGUGGACAAAGCGGAGAAUCGCCACCUGGUGGAGAUGGAGGACGUCCUGGGAAAGCUCCACGCCGCCGAGCUCAAGGCGAAGGAGCUGGAGGAGGAGGGAGCUCGACUGGCGCGCCAGGCCCGGGACGAUCGAGAAACCAAGGAGACGGUGGUGCGUAUUGUUCGCGCUUUGUGUUGUGACCCCAAGGUGCCGUUAGAAGAUCUACACGACCAAAUCAACGUACAGAGUACUGAAGUGAUUGGUGAACUGAGCUCACUGUUGGAGGGCAGGGAAAAUAAAAUCCUUUCACUCCAGCAAAGUUUAAGCAGUGCGGAGCAGAAAAACCAAACUAUGGAGCAGGACCUAGAAGACCUGAAGCAGAAGUUGUCUGCGAGUACACGGGAGCAGAUCAAAUCUGCAGAAGCUAUGCAAGGUAAAUGAUCAUUUCUUUGCUCCUCAGCCUGUUACAUCACACGACGUUUUUCUGCCUCUUCAGGACUAGAGAGGAAGCUGGCAGCCACGGACGAGAAGCUGCGUCAGCUGGCUGAAGACAAGAACAAAUUGGAGAAAGACAUGGCUGACAUGGUGACGGCAUCCGGGGACAAUUCGCUGCGGCUCAACAAAAAUCUCCAAGACAAAGAAAGGAAGUUGGAGGAGUUGCAGAGUCAGUUGGCCGAGGAAAAGAAAAAGCUGGCCAACUCCAAUGAGCAACGUGAGCAGGAGCUGCGAGCGGCACGAGACGGCCACGACGCUCAAACCAAAACUCUCCAGGAGAAAAUAGCAACACUGGAAAAGGGUGCGACGGAAGCCGAGGAACUCAAGUCGUCUCUGGAGAACGCUCGCUCGCAGGCCUCCGAGCUUCACGGCCAGGAGGUCCGGGGGCUGAAGGACCUAGCGGACGACUUGAAGCGGGAGCUUUUGUCCUCCGAGGACAGAUGCCGAAACCUGGAGAAGCUGGUGUCUGAGCUACAGCCGUACAAGGAAAAACUGCAACAUCUUUCCGCUAAGCUGGACGCCUCCAAACAUGAUGCGGAAGGCUUGUCCACAAAACUGGAAGAGCAAAACGUACAUCUGGAACGCAAACGUAAGGAGAACGAAGAUCUUCGGACCGAGAAAUGCGAACUGCAGACGCGGCUUUCGGACGUGCAAAGUCAGCUUUCUGAGCUCUCCGUAAGGAACGAGGACCUGCUCAAAACUGUGGAGGAAGUGUCAAUAGGUAGGCAAGAAUUACUUGACGGCAACAAGCGUUCGGAGGGAGAAAAAUCAUCACUAAACGACCGGCUAGAAAUGCUGAAAAAUAGUCUUGGAGAGAUACAAGCUGAAAAUGGCAAACUUAAGAGCACCUGCAACAAACAACAGGCUGAUCUGGAUGAACUCCAGAAACAAAUGGAGGAGAAGGACAUCGCGCUGCACACAAACCAGCAGGAUGCUCAGCAAGCGGAAAGUAAAAACAAGCAGCUUCUGGAAGACCUGGAAGAGGUCCGUAAAGAGCGAAGCAGGCUGGAGGAGGACCUCGCCAAAAGCGGGUCUAAACUCGGGCACGAGAAGGAUCUGCUGGUCUCUGAGCGAGACGAGGCCAGAAAUGCCCAAAAGUCUCUGGACGCAAAGAAUGCGGAGCUGCUCGACCGGCUACGAUCCGUGAACUCGGAGAAAGAAGAUCUGAUGGCGGAAAACGCACGGCUGCGGAUUCUGACGGAAACCCUAAGCCGAGAGAAGGCCGCCGCGGCCUCCGAAAUGGGUGCCUUCGCAUCGGACAUACGCGGCCUGGAGGCGACGAAGGAGGAACUCCAAAAUCAGCUGAGCCUCACCAGGAAAGAGCUGGACGGCUCCUUCCGCGAAUGCGCCGACCUGAAAGCAUCUCGUCUCGGCCUGCUCCAGAUGCUGGAGGAGUCCAAGACCAGCAGCCAGGUGACAGAUUUUGAAAGACUUAACCUUCUGCAGGAAAAGAACGACUUGCUCGACCUCCAGAGGAAAGUCUGUCAAGAGAAAGACCAGCUAAUUAAAGACAAUGAAGACGCGAAGGAGAAGAUGAAAGAGUUGGCUCAGCAGUUGACUCUUUCCGGCGAAAAGCUAACCGACGUAUCCGCGUCUUUGGAGCGAGAAAGGCAGACGUUUGCCGCGCGGAAUUCCCAAACCUCCGAGAUGUUGCGCGCGCUGCGAAACGACAAAGCGAACCUCGAAGCGGAGAUCGAGCGGCAUAAAAGCGAUUUGGAGCGCCUCGCCGCGGAGAAGGAGGAGUCCCGAGUAAAGAUGGACAAGGUUUCGGAGGACGCGGGGACCCUCGCGCGGGAGCGAGAUGGACUAGCGAUUGAUCUUAGAGCCGCAAAAGACCAGUUGGAAGCCAUCUCCGGAAAUCACGGCGUCCUUAUUCAGGAGAAGUCUCGUCUAGAAGGAGUACUCGAGGCGACCGUCUGCCGAAAAGACGCGGCCGAAGCCGAGGUGGCGUCCUUGACCAAGGAAAAGGCCGAACUCCGGAGCCAACUAGAGAAACGUUCCUCUGAUAUAAAACUCCUGGAAAUAGCGGAAGACGACCUCGCCCGAAAACACGGCGAGCUGGAGACGUCCGCCGCCGAACUCGGUCGGCGAGUCGACGAUCUCACCGAACUCUUGGACUCGUCGCAAAGUGAGAAAAGGCGACUUCUCGAGGAGACUCGAGAAUUGAUUCAACAAACGACAUCGUUGUCAGAGUCCAAGAAAGAGCUAGAGGAGCGUUUCCAGGCGGAAUCGGAUAAAUGGUCGCAAGCUAGCCGGCGAUCGGAAGAGCUGAGAAACACUUUGUCUCAACUUCAGCGGGAUAAUGAGGACAUGUCCUCUCAACUUAGGAACGCAGAGGAGCUAAAGCGCUCAUUGAUGGCUGAAACGGAGCUAGUGAAAGCACACUUGAAGGAACAAGAAGGAGUUAACCGUCGCUUAACCCGCGACGAGCAAUUGCUUUUGUCCAAAAUUGAGCAGACGGACAAAGAAAUGUUGGCCUCGGAAACGGAGGAAGAGGAGCGGGACGAGAAACGGCGGCUAGCCGGCGAGCUACACAAGUCCCGGGAGGACGUCGGAGCCCUCCGGGCGGCGCUGGAGAAGCGACGCCGAGAAGCCCUCGCCGAAAUGGACCUGCUCCGCUCCGGACUUAAUCAGGCCAUCGCUAAGCAGCUUGAGGCCUCCGAGGCUUCGGACCCGACCGCCGAGGUUCUCCGCCAGCUCGCGAAGGAGAGAGACCGCUUGCUUCAGGAUAAGAUGGAAGCUCAACUUCUGCUGGAGGGCCUUCGUACUUCCAAACGUGAGAUGGAGACGCAGGUGGAAGCCUUGAAAAAGGACAAAUCAAAGGUUCAGCAAGAGCUGGCCGCAGCCAAAGAGCGACUCGGCGACGAAAGCCAGAAGACGGACGGUCUCUCGCGUCAAAUCGACGUGCUGAAAGAGGCCCUGUCGCUCGAGUCGCGUUCGCUUCAGAUGCUGCGAAAUGAGAAGGACGAGCUGACACGGGAUAUGAAGAAGAAUCACAAUGACCACAGUCAAAUGAUCAAGCUGAAGGACGAGAACUCGAAACUCCAAGCGCAGUUGAAGGAGUUGAAGCAAAGCGAGAGCGCCGGGAAGGGGAGGACGGACAAAGAAAAUGCAGAGCCGCUCCAUAAAAAUAGUGCCUUAGAGUCGGAGAAGGUUCUGCAGAUCCGAGCCCCGAAGGACGAGGUCAGGGAAAAUGUUAGAUUUGAGCUGAUGCUGGCUGUCACGCGCGAACAAAGUGCCUCAUCCCAGACGCUGCAGGCAGUCGUCCAUUCCUUGGAGCGGGACAAGGCUCAGCUCACGGAGCAAGUGGGAAAGCUGAAACAGGAGCUGGACGCCGCCUCCGGUGAUGCUGUUGCGGAUCGACAGAGGGACAAAGACACGAUAGCAGAGAUUGACUUUCUGAAUUCCGUCAUCAUCGAUUUACGGAAGAAUAACUUGGACCUGAAGGAGCAGUUGGAGAAAAUGGCCGCCGCCGCUCUCAACGGCAACGACGACAACAACCGGGAGGAAAAGGACGCCGGCAAAAAGAAAAAGAAGAAGAAGCGGCUUCCUCCCCGACUCUUCUGUGACAUUUGCGACCACUUUGACCUCCACGACACUGAGGAUUGCCCGACGCAGGCGCAGACGCCGGACUCGCCGCCGCACAGCGCUUACCACGGCAGCAAGGACGCCGAGCGACCGUAUUGCGAGAUCUGCGAGGUGUUCGGCCACCUCAGCCGAGACUGCGAAGACGAUCGCACUUUCUGA